AGCCUCUCUCUUUCCUCUUAUCUAUAUUGUGGAACACUGGACUGUUUAACUGAGGCUAUCUUGCACCACCACCUAUUGCCUGUUGGAGAUAAUACCAUAGAAGAAGUGGAUAAUAACACGGAGUAUAUAGAAGUGCUGGUUCCAAUCCUACUUUUGGACUUUGUCCAUUUUAGCAGCCCCCUGUGGCAUUUUGGAGGGACUGCACAAGAUUUUGUGGGACCUACUGUAUGUUCUGUGACCACCUGCUCCUGCCUGCAACAACCUCAUUAUCACCUGCAAGUUUUUUAUUGGGUCCUGUAGGACCCACAGGGUCCCAAUCCUGAUGCAUGACUCAUUCAGGUGAUGGUUAGUAAAAACCAUUUAUUUCAACCAUUAUCUUAGGUGUAUGGUCAGCCUAAACCAUGCCAUAGUUAUACAGUUGGUCUAAAUUUGUAUUGAACCCAGUUGCCUAUGGCCAAGCUGUUCUAGGUCUUGAGAGAAGCACUAAGAUUGGAUAAUAAUGGUGGGCUUGACUGUGUCUGUAAACUUGUUUUAACCUAAUGUUUAAAUAAGAAAUCAAUGUAGUUUGUGAACUUGUUUUAACCUAAUGUACAAAUAAGAAGGCAAUAUAGUUUGCGAACUUGUUUUAACCUAAUGUAUAAAUAAGAAGGCAAUAUUCACUUUAUCGAAAACAUUCUGGAUGGACACCAAACUCUAAGGACUUGGAUGUUACUAUGUGGUCUUUAUUAUCAUAAUGAUUUGACACUUACUAUGCAGCUAUGAGUCCAUUUGUCAUACUAGUUGCCAAAACUCAUUAGGAGAUGCCCCCAUUCAUUAUAAAAAAAAUCCCCAAAUAGCUAGCAUUGUACUGUGUUACCAUAAAUACAGACAUUUGUUCAGAUGUAGCUUUGCAGCUGGCUAUUAUAGACACAUACUAUUUGUUGUUCUAUACAUUUAUCACAUUUAUAAAGUCUAUUAUCUUCUCUAAUCCAUGUAAAGAAAUGUCCAGACGAAGGUGUAACUCUUUCCUUAGCUUCCAAUAGGCUUAGACAGAAUGACCAGCUAAUUGAAUAUGCAUUAUGCAUUAGCCAUUCAAGUGAAGCCCAAUAAAAAGCCAGGGCACAUUGUAUGCUGUCAGUCAACACCAGCACAUACACACACAGGAUAACAAUGGCUGUCUACUCCUAUUGUAUUUUCCUUCUACUGCUCAUACCUGGAGCAAACUGUUACACAGUGAAAAGUUACCUUAGACCAGAUUCCCGUACUCUACAAGAAUAUGUCAACAGAACUGACAAAGAAGAAAUCAUGGAUGGUGGCUCAACACAUCUACCCAACUUCAUGCUCAGCCUCUAUCAAAGGUUUCAUCGUCUAGAGUCCAGGCAUGGAGAAGACCUGAUACCAGCGAUACCACAUGGCUUUCCAUCCAGUCCACAAGCUGACAUUAUUAGGAGCCUUGCAGCCAAAAGCAUUGACAAAAUGGGAGAAAGAUGUGUCCUGGUUUUCGACUUUUCAUCUCUCAGCCAUGAUGAGGAGCUUCAAUUUGCAGAAAUUCGAAUUAGAACAUCCACAAUGGAAAAACCUGUUGGAGAUGGAACACACGUGACUAUGGAUGUUUUUCAUGAUAAUUCAGCAUGUCAAAUAUCUGAUGAAUUAUGCAAAAACCAUGUCUAUUUGGGCAUGUUUAAAAGUGCGCUUCGGUCCAAAACUUCAGACAAUUGGAUGGUGAUAAAUGCUACAGAAAUUGUCUCCAAGUGGUUUGAUAUUUCAAAUAAAUCUGGCAUCCACCCAGCAAAAGUUAAAGAAAGGUUAAUAGGACCAGACGAUAUUAAAAACCGAUACAGAGAGCACACGUCUGAAGAUCAGCAGGUUCUGAUGUUUAUAUAUUCCAAUACUUCCAACAAGGAGAGGUCUGUGGUGACUGCUACUCUUCUACUAGAUGCCACACAGUCAAAAUACCUUACUACAAUGCCAAUCAUUAAAAACAUCACUGUGUCCAGAAGACGUAGAAGAAGCCAUAUGAUUAGAGAUCGCAUGAUGGGCAUCAAGCAAGCUCCAUCUGUUCCCAAUCCAAACAAUCUUUGCAGAAGAGUAGAUUUCAUUGUAGAUUUUAAGAUGAUCGGUUGGGAUACCUGGAUCAUUCACCCAAAAAGGUAUAAUGCCUAUCGGUGUGAGGGAACCUGCCCAAGUCCAGUAAAUGAGAGUGUCAAGCCAAACAAUCAUUCAUACCUACAGAGCUUGGUAAACCUCUAUAACAAUAGAAAAGCCCCAGAGGUGUGCUGCGUUCCCACCAAGAUGAGUUCCCUCAGCAUGGCAUACUAUGACCAUACGGAUAUUGCUUUCCAAGUUCAUGAAGGCAUGAUAGUAGAAGAAUGUGGAUGUCAGUGAAGUUAAAAAAAAAAAAUUGUUUCGGUACAAAUAACCCAACAAUUUAGCAACAUGGAACCUUUGGAUGUAUUACCAGUUACCACCAUUAGCUGAGAUAUUUUGCACAUAUCUAUCAUCAUAAUGGACCCAUUACAGUAAUGUGCACAAACUAUGUGAACGGAAUGGUUAUGGUUCCCAAACCACUUGUCAUCAAUGUAAUUAUGUACAAAUGUAUAUUGAUAUAGAUAUAUAUAUAUAGUAUUUAUUUAUUUUUUCAAAGUAGUUUUAUAUGAAUUUCUAAAAUAAAGGAACAUUUAAUAGAUGCUGUUCAACUUGAUUAAUAGAAUGAAGGAACUUGAAAUAUUAUAUUUAUUAUGUUAUCUAGAGAACAUUAACAGAAAGGAGAGGCACUCCAUGGUGCAGGAUAGCUACAAAGUACAGGUAAAGGGGGGGGAGGAGAUAAGCAGUUUACCGAAGCAAGUUGUGUACCCGCAUACACAACAAUGGUGAGCGCGUGGAUGAAGGUAAACGUUCAGCCUGACUGCAGCUUUCCUAU